AAUUAGGCAAAGAAACGGAACAAGGAAAGUUUCCUCUAAUUGCGGUGGCCGGCCGGAGCUAGCGUGCAAACACAGUUCUUCAAUGCGACCGAGAAGAUGAUGAUCAUUGACUUCAUUAUUCAUCGAAAUUAGUAGGAGUAGAGAACCAAUUGAACGAAGUUACGAAGCUGAAUGAAUGAAUAAUGGGUAUCGUGUUUAUGAUAUUCUCUCUUCUCUUGUUUGUCUCUAUGCCCGCUGGUUCUUUCAAAGCUGAACACAUUUUGGAUGAUCCGAAGAGCGAGAUUAUAGAUGUGGUAGGAGGUCCAGAAGAUGUCAUCUGGGUCGUUCAGCUUUCUGACCUCCAUUUCAGUGUUCAUAAUCCCGAGCGAGCUCAAGACUUUAAGGAACUAAUCGGUCCUGCUCUUUCCUUGGUUAACCCUUCAUUGGUCCUUUUAACUGGAGAUCUCACAGAUGGGAAAAGUAAAGAUAUGCUGGUAAUGAAACAAGAUGAAACUGAAUGGGUUGAAUACCAGAAUACGCUGAAACAUGUUGUUGAAGAAAGUGGACUCAACAAGAACAUUUUUUAUGAUUUAAGAGGAAAUCAUGACAGUUUUGGUAUGCCUGCUGUUGGCUUUCCUUCAGAUUUCUAUUCAAGAUAUAGUGUUAAUGCACAGUUGGGUAGAAGUGGCCUGGUCAAUGCUUUAACUCUUCAGAAUGGUGCGAGGAAAGUUUUAUUUCUUGGAUUAGAUACUGCAUCGAAAGUCGAGUUGCGUGGGCCUACUAAUCUCUUUGGACACCCAACUGACAGUUUAUUAGCCGAAAUAGAUUCAAAACUCUCUCAGUGGGAUACUAAAUCUUCAGAACCAGUUACCAAGAUUGCGUUUGGUCAUUUCCCACUAUCAUUUUCAGCAGCAUCAGAAUCAGGGAUCACCCUGAAGGACAUUUUCCUCAACCAUUCUCUAUCUGCUUACUUAUGUGGACAUUUGCAUACUAAAUUUGGUAAGAAUUUGAAGAGGCAUCACUAUUCAACUGAUUCCAUCUUAUUUUCCCCUAAAAUCCAGAACAAUAAUGUACUUAAAGAGAACUGUUCCUCUUCACCUGUUAAAGAAUUCUGGGAAUGGGAAAUGGGUGAUUGGAGGAAGAGUAAAGUUAUGCGUAUUUUGGCUGUUGACAGAGGACACGUCUCGUUUCUUGACAUUGACUUCCAGUUAGGAGCUAGAAAGACCAUCGUUUUUCCAACUUUUCCUCUAGAUUCACGUUUCAUGUCAAAUGAAUGUUCUCAGGACCUUUCAUCCUAUAUGACAAUAAGAGCUUUGGUUUUUUCUGUUUUCCCUAUUGAAUCAGUGACGGUUAGAAUCCACGAUUUGAGUUCAGGCAAUCUUCAUAUUGUUUUGGAAGAAUCAAUGACAAAUAGUGCUUCCGAUUCUUCCUCAACAGGAAAUCUAUAUAUGGCUCCCUGGAAUUUCAAAGCUUUUGAGGAUCCAUCUCCCAAUAGAUUUUGGUUACAAAUUGAGGUCAUUGACAUUAAUGGAGAAUCAACUUUGACUGAACUUAGGCCAUUUUCCAUCAAUGGCCUUAGCUCUAAGUUCUCAUGGACUUGGAAAGAGUUCUUGGUCAUGGGUUGUCAAUGGGAUGCUUUAUAUUACCCAAUGCUAUGGUCCUUCUAUUUUGUUAUUCUAUCCGUUCUUAUUAUUCCAAAGGUGUUCCUUAUGUUUUCAAAGAGGCAAUACAGUUUUAAGAACUUCAAAGGUGAAAAAACCUUUUUGAACGGCAUAAUUUGGAUUUUAAGCGAGAUGUAUGAGGUUCCUUUUGUAUGGUCAAGUACUUUAAGCUAUCUCUUCUACCUCAUACUUUUCCCUUGGAUUUAUGGACGUGUCUUUUCAGAUGAGAAGACUCGAGGAUAUAUGACUUACAAAGGUUGGGUUCUCAAGUCAGAUAAUGAUAUCAGAAAUAUUACAUUUGUUGGAUCUCCAGAUAUAAUAGUAGUUGUUCUUCCCCAUCUAUUGUUGAUGGUGCUGCCUUCUAUUUUGGUGAGCAUAGGAUUGGCUGCUGAAAGGACUGCAUAUCGAGAAUAUGUUCAUUCUCAAUCGGGCAAGAAAGCAGAUGAUAAUAGAAAUGGAAGCUCUAAUGGUUUUGUUGGGAGUCGGUGGAUUAGGAAACUUCUAGUUUUGGCUUAUGCUGCAAUUUGUUGGAAACAUUUCAAGAGGUGCAGAGCACUUGUGAAAGCAUAUGAGAUGAACCCACUUAUCCAUUUUCCUAUUUACAGUUUCUUUGUACCCAUAUUGUUGGCUCAUGUCAUUUACAAAACCAUGAAGAUCUCUUGAGAAUUUUGUUGAAUUUCGUCUAAAAACACUUACUUCUUCUUCAUGGGUGAGACUCAUACUACUUUAGUUAGAUGAGGCCUUGUAGAAAAUAUGGCUUCAUAGAGAUUCUUGGGGGGUUUGAGAUAUAUUUUAUUAUUUUCAUCUCAUCAUCAUUAUCAUUGAUUUCUCCUAUAUUCCAAAGACAAGGUUGAUGUAUAGACAUUUUAACCAAUUGGCAAUUGGAGUGAAUAAUUGGCUCUUUCUUUU